UGCACAUUGGGGAGCAGUGGACACAACCAUCACUCAAUCACAGCCACUCAAUAGCCAAGGUCCAGGGAACAGCUUUAGGGACUCGCUCACCAGCCAUACGCCCAUAAUUGGUACAAAUUUGAUCGCCGCCUCGUCAGUUUCUCAGCAUUCGAGCAGGUCUUCUCUACUUACUCAAUCUGCCGACUUCCCUCGAUCGUUUUGUUUCGCAGAGAAAGGCACUCAGGCUCUCUAGCAAUUUGUUAGAUCUCUAAUUUACUAGCAUGUCGACUAUAGUGCGGCAGUGGCAAAUGCCACCCGCCAGAUUCUCGCUCACAGCAGCGCUUCUCCUCCUCAUCUCCGCCGCGUCGCUCGUUUCCUGCGAGCAGCGCCUUUCGUACUCGGGAUUCGCGACGAACGAGGAAGGCGUCCUCGUCGCGAAGCAAAGCCGGGUUACCCUAUUCAAGCGCAACUCGCAGAGCUCAAAGUCGUCUUCGCCAGCCGGAAAAUCCUCCGCCUUCGCGAAGAAGCAGAAGCAGGCCGAAGCAGAAAUGAUCGCCGCCAGCAAGCCCAAGAAAGCCCGCUCCUUCAGCAGCAUUUUCGGCAGCUUGACCGGCGCAGCGCCUGCUCCGCAGGACCCGGCGCCGACAGCGGCGCCGUCUCUCACAAUCUUCUGCGCGCCGAAGCCCUAUUCCUCCAUCCUUGAUCCCAAGGACCGCCAGCCGGACAACCAGCUGCGCGCGCUGCGCUCCUGGCUGCGCCUCACGCCGUCGCCCAAGAUCGUCCUCCUCGGGAACGACUCGACGUUCGACGAGCUCGCGCGGCGCUUCCCCAAGCAGGUGUCCGUCGAGUCCGCCAUAGAUACGAACUACUACGGCCUCCCGCAGUUCCACAGCAUCGUGGCGCGCGCGCAGGCGGCGGACACGGACCUGUCGAUGAUCAUCAACGGCGAUAUCAUUCUCCUUAACAACGCCCUCGAUGCCAUCAAAAAGGUUCACAAGACGUUCCCCCACUGGGUGAUGACCGCCGCGCGGUGGGAUGUGGCGGAAGACUUCCCCUACACCUUCUUCCCCUCUAUGUGGGCGAAUGCGCGCGCGCGCGGGCCCGCCGCGCUCGAGAAGGAGAUUGCGGAGUACGCGCGCGCGAAGGGGUCGCUGCACACGUACGGCGGGGUGGAUUUCUGGGUGUGGAACAACUCCCCCGUGCAGCUGCACACGGGGAUCAUGCCGCCGUUCGCGUUCGGGCGCGGCAAGUACGACAACUGGUUCACGCACGAGAUCGUCGCAUCCGGCCUUCGCGAAGUCGUCGACGCGAGCGACGCGGUUACAUCCAUCCACGUGGCGCAUUCCUACGCGCACGUGGCGGAGUCCGACGCGACGAAGAACGGCGCGGCGCUCGCGGGGAAAAACUUCUGGAGCACGCGAAAGAAGUCCAGCUGGGAGCUUUUCGCCAAUAUCCAUCUCGCGCAGACCCACGGCUCCUACUCCAACCAGCUCGGCACGGCUCUCCACGUGCCCUGGAAGAUGUCCUCCUGCUUCGAGCCCUCCGUGAACAACAUGUGUCUGCAGCGCCGCCUCCGCCCCGCGACGUGCCAGUGCGAGUACUCCAACUUCGUCGACAUCUCCCAGUCCGACCCGAAGAUCGACCCGUCGGGCCGCCGGUGGACCUGCGGCGCCGUGUCCGUCGAUAAGAAGUCGGAUUACUCGAUCCAGGCCGUUCCCACCCCGGGAUCCGCGGCGGGGCUGCCGCACACGGCGGCGCAGCUGCUUCCGCAGGUGGCGCGCGAGGCGGGCGGGCUGAAGGUGGUGAUCCUGGUGGCCGUGACGAUGGGGUACGCGGAGAUGCUCAUGAGCUUCGUGUGUCGCCUGCGCGGGCUGGGCCUGGCAGACAACCUCGUGGUGGCGGCUCUCGACGAGGACUUGUACCGAUUCGCCUUCUCGCAGGGGCUGGCCGUGUACCAUGAGCAGGUGAGCGUGGGGUACCAGGGCCUCAACUCCAAGGACUGUGUGUUCGGCAGCCAGUGCUUCCGUCAGUUCACCAAGCUCAAGUCCCGCUCCGUGCUCAAGGUGCUCAAGCAGGGCUACUCCGUCCUCUGGACCGACGUCGACAUCGUCUGGUUCUCCGACCCUCUCCCUGACCUCCUCAGCUACGGCCCGGGGACGUUUCCGAUCCAGAGCAACGAGCCGAACGGGUCGAUCCCAGGCACGGGGAUCCGGCGGAUCAACUCGGGGUUCUACUUUGCGCGAUCGGACAAGAAGACCAUCGAGGCGUUUGAGGCGAUCACAGCGCAUGCCGCCACGACGAAGCUGUCCGAGCAGCCGAGCUUUUACGAUAUCCUGUGCGGAGUGAAGGGGGAGAAUCUAGUGGCUGGGAAGGAGGAGUGCAAGUGGGACAACGGACUGAGAACCAUCUUCCUGGACAGGAAGGUGUACCCGAAUGGCGCGGUGCACAACUACUGGGACCAUGAGGAUGUGCUGGGGAACUGCCUGAAGAACGGGUGCACGAUCUUGCAUAACAACUGGAUCGCGGGGAAGGAUGCGAAGAAGAACCGGUUCCUGGUGAACAAGUUCUGGCACUACGACCCCGAGAGGAGGAUGUGCACGUGGAGGUGGCACUCCAAGCUGCCUGCUGUGACGCGGGACGAGGCGGUGAGAGCCCAAUGAGAGGGCAAUGGGAGGGCAAUGAGAGGGCAAUGACCCCAGUGAGGGCCCAGUGAGAGGUCCAACGAGUGAAGUUGGAGGCAUGAGAGCAACGAGUGUCUCUCAAUAACGAGGCAUCUCAAGCUGGAAGGCAGUUCAAGCAUGGUACGAGGUGCUUGCAUUCAAUUGGAAUAAGGGUGGUUUCUGCUAGACCACCAUGUAGCUUGGUUGCUACCAUUUGUAACGUGCUAUUUAUUAGAUGUAUAAUUUGGUUUUGA